AUGCCCGACCCCUUUUUGACGGAACUAUGGGUUGAAUAUGGUGUUGGAGUGGCAUUUUUUGCAUUGCGAUUUUUUGCCCGGUGGAAUACUGUAGGAUUCCGGAAAUUUGCUUUUGACGAUAUGUUUUGUGUCAUUGGUCUGGUCAGUACAUCACGUAUGUUUAGCCUCGCCGUAGGCUAAUGUUCAUCAUCCAGCUUUUGUUCACUCUUGAUGCGGGUCUAACGCAUGCAUACGGUAAGAGUUUUCUGAUUUGAGGUGGCAGUUCCUGUGCUUAUUCAAUCUAUGUAGCUACGAAGGGAAGCACAGUUGGUUUGACACCAGAAAGCGCUCUCUUCCUCCCGGUAAAAACUCAGCAUGACUUUGAAAUUGGCGCAAAGGGAUUAUUCACAGCCUGGAUAUGCUACAUCUCACUCACCUGGUGUCUGAAGGCAGUCCUGCUGGUUUUAUAUACAAGACUUACGUAGGUGAUCUAAUUUGGCGUCACUUUGACUCGCUUACUAACUACAUGUGUAUUGUAGACUGGGACUGUGGCAGCACAAGAUUGCUAAGGCAGUUUCGAUUUUCUGUGUUUUCGCCUGGGCUACAUGUAUUAUAGCACACUUCGCAGUAUGUGUGCCAAUCAAAAGAGCUUGGCAGGUAAUUCCCUACCCGGGAGGUAAGUUCCCUAUGACAGUGGUAUUUUGAAGGAUAUAAUCUAAUUAUGUUAAGACGAAUGUGUACUACGCAAGCCAAACCACCUCCUCGUGGGCAUUUUAAACAUCCUGUACGUGCCUUUUUCUUAUACGUAUUAUUUUCCUUCUGUAUAACAAGGUUGUGGAUACUAACAAACUCUCUGCUAAAGAUCCGACAUUGGGGUUCUCGCCAUCACCUUGCCUAUCCUUUGGAAUGCCCAAAUUCCAAUUCGCCGCAAGUUGGUACUUAUGGUACUCUUCUCAUCUGGUAUAUUCGUCAUCGUCACAGUUGUACUUCGAGUGAUUUUUUCGAUCGGAAGCAUCGAUCACUUACCCGUUGCUUCUCAGUGGGCUCUUCGCGAAACCUUUGUGACAGUAUUGACUGUAACCGCGCCUGGAAUUAAGCCUCUCUUCAAUUCUUAUAAGUGGAUUAACAAGUCUUCUGAGAAAAGCACUGGAUCACAUGGAGGAUACAAAGUCGGAAGAAGUCAAUCUCGUUUCAAGAGCAAUACGACACGCACCGGUAAUACUACAACAGUACAUGCCGACGAAGCAGCGUUAGGAAAUAACAGACAGUACUACGAACUAUCUACGGCGGCAAACAAGAUGGGUGCUAGUAAGCUUACGAGGAGUUCGGCAAGUCAGGAGUAUAUUGUUAAGAAGUCUAGUGAUAACAAUAUUCACGUGGUCACAGAAUAUACUACUUUUCAUGAUAAUUCGGACGAGGAGCGAUCUGUUAACUUUGGUAAACGGCCGCAGGAGACAGGUGUAGCGGACAGAAAGUUAAGCAAAGCUUAA